CGCGCGCGCUGCUGCUACAGACGGCCUCGACGCGAGUGAUGUUCAAAACAGUGGUGAUAUGCAAGUGAAUGUAUCCUCCGGCGCGCCUCAGGGUAGCGGCCCGAGCCCCGAGACUGGGCCCCGGAGUAACGUGACCGUGCAGGGCGUCUUCCAGAGCAGCCUGAGUUCGGCCAAUGUGGUGGGACUGCCCAACCAUACGCGCUACGCCUCGGUACCGGUCGGCGCCGUGCAGAAUAGGCCGCCGCCGGCGAUCGUUCCCAGUCACGCGAGGAACAUUUCCGAACCCUCGAACCAAUUCGUAAAGUACCAGAAUAAUUCCCAAGGAAAUCAGCUGCGACACAGUUCCCAAGUGGAACAGAGCGCCCCGCACCAGAUCACUCACUUCAGGAGCAGUUCAGUACCAAAGUCCAUGCCCAUAGUACCGAGGCACGAGACUGGAUCCACAGCCACGACGACGACCGCUGUGCCCGGGCAAAAAAUACCCCAAAAGUUCACACCCCAGGUCCCCAACAAUGUCAGUAACGUCAACGUCAAUUUCUACAGGGCUGUACCCGUGAACGUAGUUUCUUCAGUACCGACCAUUCAUUGCUUGAACACUCUCAGCAAUGUCCAGGGGAACAACGUGUCCAACGUGCAGGUGCUGCCUCUGGGAUCGAGUUUUCCGCAACAACAGGUUUACAAUUUCCCUGCGACCACCACCGUCGGUUUCUCCAGCCCGAGCAGUUCUGGCGUCAACGGUACCACGCAAGUCAUUCUGCACAACACGCAAACCAGCAACACUAAUUCCAUACAAAUACCCAGUAAUUUCCAAAAUGUCAACAAUAGGAAUUCUCUUCUCAGUCCCCAGGUCGUACCGGUACCUACCGCGAACAAUAGGAGUACUGUUAGUACUUGCACGAGCAUAGGUGGCUUCCUCCCGCCGCCGCCCGUCACCUCCUCCGGACAGGAACUCGUCCAGAAUACCAAGCCAAGCACCACGGUGGUACCGAUGGUGAACGUACAGCCCAGCGGAACCAGGACCUUCUCCAACGCCUCCAUGAAUACGAUGCCACUGACACAGCCACAACCGCCCCCAAACAAACCCAUCAAUGAACCUCUCCGCACGCCUAGGACUUUCACUAGCACCGAAGCCCAAACGGACGAGAUAUCGGUACUGCCCCCGGUCAGUGAACCGCCAUCGGGAAACCGGGAGCAGAGACGUCGCGAGCGCCGCGAGAGACGCCACCAGCGUCGCGUAAACAAUUCUGGCCACCGCCACACCGUCGAAGGCAGUACCCAGGUGAACGACAGGCUGCCCGACAUCCUGAACAGCCACUUGCCGCCUCCGUACUCCACCCUACCAGCCGGCAUGCCGCCCCAGAACGUGAUGAACUCUAUGGUCCCGCCGCCGCCGCUUGUACCGUCUCACGUGAUGCCGCCGCCGCCGCACGGUGCCGUGCUGCAAACAGUGGUUCCUAAUAAUGUAGUGCCUCCUAGUGGUUUCGUUUUCCCGGCACCGCCGCCCCCACAGAUGGGGCAAGUGCCGCUGGUUCAGGGGCCCGCCCCCGUCGCGGUGCCCGUACCGCCGCCCAGUGGAUUUAGGUUCCCGUUCCCCGCCAAUGGAUUUAGAAGGGGGAGAUUCGCCGAAGACCCCCCCAAGGGUUGCUGCGGGCUGCUUUCCUGGAAGCCCGGGUCUCUGAGGUGGUUCAUAGCGCUCAUAGCCCUGGUGGCUGUGUGCUGCGUGCUCGUCGGGACCGCUUUGGGAGCCAUGCGACCUGCCGGAAGGGACCAUCUGACUGUGUCGCUGCUUAUGAUAGGUGUGGGCAUCGUCCUCGUGACCGUUAGUGGUGUGGCGUGGCGCUUGACCUCGCACGACUCCUCCACUUGCAGGUCCAUGCUAGGUCUGGGAUCCACCGAGUCGGUUGACGUAUGCGCGCGACGUUUCGUCCCUCGACUACCCCCUUCCUACGGCCGACCGCACCACCCCUACGCCGCCAUGAUGUACCCGGAAUUCCAGUACAGGCCGCCGCCACCAAGCUACCAGGCCUCCAUGCAAGAGUAUAGACUGAGGUUAUUGCUGCUGGACAGGGGUAACACCCCCCAGAUCCAGGCCGGGAUACAGAACGCCGUGAGCCCGCCCCCCACUUACAGGAGCCACGCAGGAAGUCUUUUAAGAGCUCCGCUGUCGAGUCGUAGAGACGCAGCCCAGUCGGAGUACAGCUGCCCCCCGUCCUACCGCUCCCAGAACAGCACGAACCGCCAGGGAACCAUCCAGUCCAACUCCGUGCUGCACAGCAGGGAGCAAUCCUUAAGUCUGUCGGAGUCAAAUCAUGGCGGCUCGGUGGUCAACGUCGUCAAUAUCCUCGGCAGCACCGAAGAGGACAUCGCUCUGGACAAUAUCACCCUCGAUUCGCUGAAAAUGGAGCCGGAAACCGAGCUCAAUCCCGUGAAGAUGCUACUGAAGGGCAGUUCUAGCGAUCUGGAAGGCAGCAAGGACGGGAAUCUGGUCACUAUCGUGCAGACCAGCGACCAAAGCCCUGUUAUUGUGACUGUCAGUGGGAGUUCGCAGAUUGACAACAACAGUACAGUGCAGAUAACGGAGAUACCGUCAGAGAUGGAGAUACUGGCUCAUUUAUAGUCCAGUUGCGGAGUGAUAAUUUCGGCACACGAGAGUGCCGUGGUUGAAGUAUUCAGUCAAUUUGGCUUAUGAUCAAUUUUUAGCAGCAGACUGUUGAGAAAUAAUUUAUUGACAGUUUUCUUGACACUUUAAAGCUUAACGGAUAUAAAGACUUCGUGGAAGAUAAUUUAUUUUAAAAGAAUGCGUUGAGGUGAUGAUCAGUUCUGAUAUAAUGCUACAAAAUUUAAUAAGAUCAGUUUUAACUAACGAAGAUGAUUAAUGAAAUAUCGAACAGCUUCAUUUAGCCUGUUAGCUGCUUGUUUAAUUUUUGGAGUAUUUCUAGAUUGAUCUUUGCAAUCUUAAAUCUGUUCUUAAGCUACUGAGGUUCUAUAGCUGAAAAUGAAUGUAUCUCUUCAUUUUUGGUUGACAAAAUAAGACAUAUCUUUUUAAUGCGACAAAAAAUUUGUCACUCAUACCAAUUGUAGAUAUGAUAGUUUUAUAUCUGUGACAUUUAUUGUUAUCUUUGACUAUAAAAUAUAUAUUUUGUACAAUAUCAGUUGCUCUGAUUUCCAUAAGCUUGUAUGAUAGAUAUCCUUACCUUAUUUUAAUAGAAAUCCCCUUUACCUUAAUGGAUUGAAGUUAUUAAUAAACUCAUUGUGUACAUUAAUAUUGUUAUAUUUUUAUUAAUGUAAUGUUACACUUUGUAUAUUUGCGAUAUUAUGUGCCUAUAUAUUGUAGAUAGAUAUUAUAAAUAGCACCUUGUAUUAUAUAUU